CCUAUUAUUCAGUUUCAUCCAUUUCGAACUUCAGCCAUGUUAGAAAGUAAUGUCAACAGAGGUUCGGUUUGUAAAAAUUCAUUGGGUGAAGCAAACUUCUAAUCUGUUAUAUUGAGGCUGAAUGUCUCUAUUUCAAUGCAUUUGGCUGGAGAAGGAAUGAAGUCUGCUUCUGGUGGAUAGUUUUGUGUUGGAAUUGUAAAGAGCUUUGGCAGCGAGCAUCAUGGACGAACGAAAGAGGAGGGAAAAUCUCGAGACUUACGUUCGAGAUCCUCGGAAUGAACUGUACAUUGAAGGGCUUUUGGAUGGAAUUCAGUCGCUGGUGUGCGAUUGUGAUUUUCCGGCCCUGAGACGCAAUAAGAAUGUCGAAAACUUCCUACAAAGAUAUGAGAAACCUAGUAAAGUAAUCGAAGAAUGUCGUAUGAAUGCAAGCGACUUCAAGGUCGUAAAAGUCAUCGGCCGUGGUGCUUUCGGUGAAGUUCAGUUGGUGAGGCACAAAGCAUCGAAAAAAGUAUAUGCGAUGAAACUUUUAAGCAAAUUUGAAAUGAUCAAGAGAUCUGAUUCAGCUUUUUUUUGGGAAGAGCGUGAAAUUAUGGCUCAUACCAUCAGCCCAUGGAUUGUGAAGUUACAUUUUGCUUUUCAAGAUGCUAAAAAUUUGUAUAUGGUUAUGGAUUACAUGGCUGGAGGGGAUUUGGUUAAUCUUAUGAGUAACUACGACAUUCCUGAAAAGUGGGCCAAGUUCUACGGUGCUGAAGUGGUGUUAGCACUUGAUGCUAUUCACAGCAUGGGGUUCAUUCACAGGGAUGUAAAACCCGACAACAUGCUUCUGGAUAAACAAGGUCACCUCAAGCUUGCAGAUUUUGGAACAUGUAUGAGAAUGGACAAGGAUGGAAUGGUAAGAUCAGACACAGCUGUUGGUACACCAGAUUACAUCUCUCCAGAGGUUCUCAAAUCCCAAGGUGGUGAAGGCUAUUAUGGCCGUGAAUGUGACUGGUGGAGUGUUGGGGUAUUCUUAUACGAGUUACUAAUUGGUGACACUCCAUUUUAUGCUGACUCACUCGUAGGAACCUAUGGAAAAAUUAUGGAUCACAAAAACUCACUACAGUUUCCAGAUGACAUUGAGAUUUCAAAAGAAGCCAAGCAUUUAAUUUGUAGUUUUCUUACUGACAGAACACAAAGAAUUGGUCAGAAAGGAAUAGCAGAAAUACAAAAACAUAAAUUUUUUGUCAAUGACCAGUGGGAAUGGGAUACCAUCAGAGAGGCUAUUCCUCCUGUGGUCCCAGAGUUGGCCAGUGAUGAUGAUUACUCGCACUUUGAUGACAUUCCUGAUCCUGAUAGUGGAGAAGAGUUCUUUCCAACUCCAAAGGCGUUUGCUGGGAAUCAUCUUCCUUUCAUAGGAUUCAGUUAUUCAGAGAGUGUUGAAUGGGGUAACUUUCAAGGCAAAGCAGGUUCAGAUGGAAUGGUGAGGAUGGAUGGAAGUAGUUCUGGUGGCGGGAAUGACAGUCGCUCAAAGCUUGAAGCAGCUAACCGUAGAAUCAGAGAUUUGGAAGAGCAGGUUUCAUUGGAAAUGCAAGCUAAAGAUGAGCUGGAUCAUAAUUACAGAGUGGUGAGCACCAAGCUCGAUAAAGUCAUAAAAGAAUUAGACAGUGAGUUGGAAGCAAAAAGAAGAGUAGAAUCAUCAAACAGAGAGCUUGAAAGAAGUGCUGCAAUUUUUAAACAUGACUUAAAGGAGGCACAGAGAAGGUCUGAGUUUGAAGCAGAAGCCAAGAGAAAGCUUGAAGGCAAAGUCCAGGAACUUCAAAGCCGUCUUGAUGCAGAGCUUGAUGCGCGGGAUAGAAUUUCCCAGUCAUCACAGAGUGUCCAGUCUAAGAUAACCCAACAAGAGAAACAAAUCCAUGAGCUGACAGAACAGCUCAGGGUGGAAACUGAUACACACACCAAGAAUAAAAAAUUAUAUAGUGAUUUACAAAAGUCUUACACAGUGAUGGAGAGAACUUAUGGAGAUUUACAGGACAAGAAUAGAAUCAUAAGUGAACAAAAGCUUAGCUUAGAGAGAGAACUCAUAAAGGUACAAGGAAAUCUUGAAGCAGAGAUGAACAUGAGAGGCCAAGCAAACAGUGCAAAAGCAGACAUUGAAAGCCAGAACAGAGUAUUGAAAGAGGAGCUUGACCAUUUACGGGCACGAUCGGCAUCAGAUGCCAAAUUACAACAAAAGCUUCAACAGGAUCUAAUUAAUCUUGAGAAAGCUAAGGCUAACACUGAGUAUGAACUGAAGUCCAUCCAGAAUAAAUUCGAUAAGAUCACUCUAGAAUACAAGCAACAACUUGCUAGUUAUCAAACAGAAAAGAACAGAUUAUCACUAACUUUGGAAGAAAGGACUGAGCAAGAGAGAGCUGAGCAAAGUAAAACGCUGGAAAGACUUGAGCAGGAGCUGGUGAUCAGAGAAAAGGCUGAAGCAGCAGCUGCCGAAGCUGAGAGAGAAAGAUCAGUUUUAGCUGUAGAUCUUAAAGACAUGCAACAAAGACUGGAGAGAUUAAAACAGGAGUACAAUGCUCUUCAGGAUAAGAAUAAAAGUCUGAAUGCUACUUUAGACACGGAGAACCAACGGCGAACACAACUGGAGAGUGACUUGAAAGUGAAUGCUCAGGAAAUAGCUGCGCAGAGGGCAACAGAGAAGCAACUUGCUAAGCAAGUGGAAGAUCUGUUGGAGGAACGGAAACAGUUAGAAGAUGCUUGUACAAAACUCAAAAGUGCAAGUGCUGUGGAUGAUCUACAAAUGAAAGAGCUUCAAGACCAACUAGAGGCAGAAACGUACUUCUCGACUCUGUACAAAACCCAAGUGAAAGAACUCCGAGAGGAAGUUGACGAAAAAACGAAGCAGAUGUUGGAUAUGAGCAAUGAGUUACGUCAGCUGAGUGACGACAGAGAGUCUCUCUCUGCCCAGUUGGAGUUGACGUUAACCAUGGUGGACUCUGAACAGCUGGCGAGGUCCAUCGCUGAAGAACAGUACUCGGAUCUAGAGAAAGAAAAAACGAUGAUUGAGCUAGAGGUCAAAGAAUUGAUCGCGAGACACAAGAGCGACAUGUCAGAGAAAGGGGCUCAGAUCACUCAGCUGGAAGAACUGAACCUGCAACUGACAGGCAACUUGGAUCAGAAAAUAACUGAUAAAGACGAGCUCAAUACCAAAAUUAAGGCCUUGCAAGAAGAGCUGGAAAAAUCUAAGGAUAACAGCAAAGAUAUCGAGGACGCCACCAAGGAGUUACGAAAGCAACUGCAUAUAGAGAAAACUUUGAAGACUCAGGCAGUGAACAAACUUGCGGAGAUAAUGAACAGGAAAGACCUGAUGCAGAACGCGAGUAGGAAGAGAAAAGCUACUUCUGACGACCUGCGGAAGAAGGAGAAAGAAUGUAGAAAACUACAUCAAGAGCUGGGAGCAGAACGUGAGAAGUAUGGCCAGAUGGUGACAAAGUUCCAAGGACAGUUAGCGGAAUAUCAGAUGAAUCUUCAGAUGGAGACAGAGCAGAGACAGAAAAUGCAGAUGGAGCUGGAUUCAAAAGAUCUUUCGAUCGAAAGACUGAACUCCCAGAUUAAACAAAAGGCGCUUAAUACAAGCAUAACUGAUGAUGAUGCCCUCUCUGUUUCAGUCCAUAUGCCCAAAGAAGGAUGGGUUUCCAUUCCAAACAAACAGAAUAUAAAAAGAUAUGGUUGGAAAAGACAAUAUUUAGUCGUUAGCAAUCGCAAGAUUUUUUUCUAUAACUCGGAUGCUGAUCAUAAAAGUAGUUCAACACCCUCCAUCAUUUUAGAAAUCAGUAAAUUAUUUCACGUGAGAUCAGUAACGCAAGGCGAUGUCAUACGUGCCGAUGCCAAAGAUAUUCCUAGGAUAUUUCAGAUUUUAUACGCUAAUGAGGCCGAGAGCAUUAACCCUGUGGAAAAAGACAAAGAGGACCCACAGUCUGAGGAUCGCAUGAAUGCCAUCGACUACAUGAGGCAUCAGUUCAUACCCAUGCACUAUCACAUGCCUACAAACUGUGACUCUUGCAACAAGCCUCUAUGGCACAUGUUCAAACCUCCUCCAGCAGUAGAGUGCAGACGUUGUCAUAUGAAGUGUCACAAGGACCAUGUCGAUAGAGAAGAAGCUUGUAUCACCAUGUGCAACCUUAAUAUGGAUCUGGUCUCAGCCAAGGAACUCUUAGUGCUUGCACAGACUGCGGAUGAACAAAAGCAGUGGGUGUUAUACCUCAGCAAGAAAAUCGUCAGAAAGGAACCGAAAAUUAAAAGUCCUUCUGUAAGACUCGGAACCGAAGAGGCCAACAUGAGAAGAAACAUGGCAGAAAGGAGCGCCGCCUCACGGCCUGGUGGCACCCAACGGUCGGUAUCUGUCUCUUCAGGAAACAGGAAGAUUACGUGACUCAAACAAAAGCCGGCCAAACCUGAUGUGUCAGCCGAGACUGUCGCCAUGAGUGAACUAAAAGUAAAGCCAGUGAAGAAUAAUCGGAAUCAGUGUAUACUUUAAUGAAACAUAGAAGUGAUAUCCAGCGGUCCUCGGCACUUGACAUCUUUGGUCUAAACUUCUUUGGUCAAACAUUAUGAGCGGUCUCCCUGUGGUCCAUAGUCGUUAGUCCUGAAAAGCAUCAGCGUGCAAGAGCCACAGGAACCCCUGCGCUUUUAAAGGAAUACUUUCAUCUUUGAAGCUCGUGCUGUCACGCUUGGGUGGAUGGAACUCUUCAUAUCCUCAGCUCAGAGGAGUUAAGCGACAUGCGCAAAAUGUCCUUCGCCUAGAAUUACUACCCUCUUUUCAAAAUGAAGAAAAUAAUUGUACCUUAAAAACAAUCCAUACCUGUUUUCCACAUUGAAGAAAAAUAUCCCUCGUAACGUAAAUUCUCUUUGCGAUAUUCCACACCAUCUACGAGUAGACAGAAGUUCGUUUAUAAGAUGACACUCAGUACUAAAUACUAGGUUCUCAGGACUAGCUAACAGAAAUGUAGAGUUUCAGUUUGGAGAAUUGACUUGUUGAUCUUGGGAGUGUAAGGGUUGAAAUCAUUGUCAAGACUGAUUAAAGCUCUAAAUACUAUCUCGCAACAAAAGGCAUGUCUAAUUAUUAUCCAUGCGAGCGAAACUUAAUAUUUAUUUGUCUCAGAAGCUCGACAAGUGUAAGGUCACUUGAAACUAUGAUUGGUUAAAAGUAUGGUAAGUUUGGCGAACACUUCAAAAGUCCAAGGAAAACGACACUAGAUUAGUAGAGCUUCAAAUAAAGCUGUUGAACCACUUAAUAUUUUCUACGAUAACAAAUAAUUUUACAAAAUCAGGAAGCAAGGCGCGUGUUGUAGACUUAGAUUUCGAUCUGCGAGUGUCCAGCCCAAAGUUCAACGUUCAUCAGAAGUUACUGAUUGUUCCUUGUUUUAAACUGUCCGACUUCGUUAGUACUAGUAAUUUAUUGUUCGGAUGGUAUGAUGUAAUCAAUUUAAUUACUCUGAUAUGGAACAAAUAAAUAUUUUCUUGUUCUUUGUAUGUCAUAUCAGGGGCUAUGAAUAGAUCACUUAAUAUUAUCUAGUAUUUUGGCGCUUGUAAGUUAUAAGCUUUUGUUGUUCCUGAUUUCUGGCGUUUUUGCCGACAGGAUGUAGGAAACGUGAAUAAAUUUUAGGUUUUUAUACAA